AUGGCGAUCGUCGAAUCAUCUCCUCCCAACCCGCCUCAACUUCAAGACACAUCUCCGGAAACUUCCUUCAGAACUAUUGCCGAUCCUAGGAACGCGAGCACAUCCGACCUCUCCAGAUCCGAUUCCGCCUCUUCAAAACAUCAUCCUGACCUGAAUAGUGAGGUUGCUGCACUAAGCGACAAACUCAUCCGUGCCAUCAACCAUCAAACCACUCUCGAUGAUACACUCGCACAAACGAGACAAGAAUUGGAAGCAUCAAAGGCUAGAAUUGCCAUGCUAGAAGCAGAAGCAAAGGAACACGAAGAGAAACUCAUGCGGGGAGACCUGGUGGAAAGAGAGAGCGUCGAUGAACGGAACAAUAAGCUCAGCGCCGAGCUGGCGGAGGAGAAACGGCAAAGGGCUGUUGUCCUACAAGAGAAGCGCGGUAUUGAAUCUGAGUUGGAGAAUCUUACGGCAUCACUAUUUGACGAGGCAAAUAAAAUGGUAGCUUCUGCCAAUCGGGACCGUGACGCGACGGAAAAGAAAAAUCAACAGCUUCGAGAUCAAAUCAAGGACGGAGAGGCGGUUAUUGCAUCCCAGAGUGAACAGUUGGCGGAACUGAAAUCGCUCAUGCAACAAUUUGGCCCAAGCCCUGAUUACCGGAAGGACGUUGACUCUCCCCGGGUAUCACUAGCACCAUCAAGUCCAGGCGUAAUGAGAGAAGAUGGUAAUCUCGCCCGCCUUCUCGAAGCAAUGAACCUCUCUCCAGUCACUCUCGAACACGGCGAACUCGCUCCUAGCCCUUCCACUCAACUCACCCAUCUCGUCAAACCACUUUGCCGAACCGAUAUACCCGCCUAUGAGGAUUUCAAGAACCUCGUCCAAACUUCGCAUUUCCGUUCCCACAAUCCCUCUCAUGCGCCUUCCAGAGCGGGAUCUGGCUCCUACGGAGGCCUGAAUGUUAUGGGUCUUGGCUCGUUAAGCAACAACUCGACGCCGAAUCUUUCUCAAAUAUCUCAGCCGGCCACAUCCAAACUUGCCAAUUCUCCUAACCUUCCUGGCUCCUUCAGUCCCAACCCGGAUACCAAAGGACCGGUUCCUCUCAAAGAAACUCGCUUUUACAAGCGGAUCCUGGUAGAGGAUAUUGAGCCCACCCUCCGACUCGACCUCUCUCCGACACUCUCGUGGCUGAAUCGGCGGAGUAUCCUCUCUGCUCUGGGCGAUUCGACGUUGAUCGUUGAGCCCAUUCCAGAAGCCUCGCUGAGAUUGUAUGGAAAAUACACCCCAUGCGCUCUAUGCGGGGAGAAUCGGAAACAAGGUGAAAACCCACGAACACACCACAUGCGUGUACGUGAAGGCGAAGGUGCCACCAAAUGGUCGAUCUGCACUUUGUGUCUGGAAAAGGUACGGGGAGUAGGAGACCUUGUGGCAUAUGUAAGGAUGGUCCGCGAGGGGGUGGUGAAGGUUGGGGAUAAGAAGGAUGAAGAAGACACUUGGGAAGAAUUGGUGCGCCUGAGGGAGCGCCUUUUCUGGGCUAGAAUGGCUGGCGGCGUGGUGCCGGCGUUCAUCCCAACUCCCAAGGAGACGCCAGUGGAUGAUGAGAAGAUGAACACUGUUCUGGGUGCAGGAGGUGAAGAUGGCCAUGGAAAGGAGAACAGGACACCCAACCUUGACGCCAGUCCCCCUCCGCAAAAUCCCACGACAGCGGCGGAGAAUUCUCAGCAGUCGACGCCGGCGGAUGAAGAUCUAGAAUCCGAAACAGCGUCCGAAAAGGCUGCGCGGCUCCAACUCCAGCAGGGAUUGGAUGAAAGCCUAACCACCUUUGACAACAUCAAGGAGAGACGGAGGAGCCUCAAUCAUCGGGAUUCUACCACACCACCGACUACGCCCUCUCCGCAGCGGACCCCCAAGCGGGGAUCCGGAGGUGGAGUCGGGAUUGGCUUUCCCAAGAUUAAUAUCCCCAGGCUCCCGCCGGGGUUCUGGGAGAGUCAGGUGAAUACGCUGCGAUAA